UUCGCUGAUAUAUCCAUUACGUGUCAGAUGUCCUGAGUCCGGACACUGUUGUCCAUUUGGCCUUUAAAUCUCUUCGUUUCUUCCCAUAUUUGGCACUCCCAGAUUCUGAACUAAGGCCUCUUCCGUCCUUCAUCGUCGCUAAACGAACUUGACAUUAAAGCUCCAAGAACAUUCCUCUUUCCUUUUUCAGGAUUUAAGCAAUUCAUACAACAUAAUCUUAACUCUCAACAGAUCCACGGGCAAGAGGUGCUCUCAGAGGAAUUGGACAAAACCCAAAAAAUCCUUGUCAUUUACGAUUCAGAUUCUCAACUCUCUGAUAUAUAUCAUGCCUUGGUCUCUUAAAAUCCCCAUGAGCGAUUGUUACCAUGAUUUCCUUUAAUCAUAUUUAUGCCGAUUAGCUAUAUUGACUCUAGUUUUGAUAAACUAUCUGAUUUGGUGAAGAGUAGUAGAUUUACAAUCUCUUUUGAUUCAUCCAACCGCUCAAUUUAGAGAAUGCCUAGUUUUGUGAAUAGCAAGAAACCAUUCACAGAUUUGGAAAUGUAUUUCUCCACUACAGUCCAGAAAGAUAUGCUGGGUCGUUCAAAAAUGAAUACUCAGUUAACCUCUCAAUCACCUAAUGAGUUUGACAGCCCUAUCUUACCUGGUCUCCCUGAUGAUGUGGCAAAAUAUUGCCUUGCAUUUGUUCCCCCCACUAAUUUUCCGGCAAUGGGUGCUGUGUGCAAGCAGUGGAGAUCAUUUAUCCUAAGCAAAGAAUUCGGUACAUUGAGGAAACAGGCUGGGAAGGUUGAGGAAUGGCUUUAUGUCUUAACUGGAGAUGGAGAUGGAGAUGGAGAUGGAAAGGGGAGCCACUGGGAAGUGUUGAGUCGCUUGGGAAAUGAGCAAUACCUCCUUCCUCCUAUGCCUGGUCCAAUGAAAGGUGGCUUUGGAGUGGUUGUACUUGAUGGAAAGCUUCUCAUUAUUGCUGGCUAUUUGGCAUACGAAGGGACCGGAGUUGUCUCUGCAGAUGUUUACCAAUAUGAUUCUCGUUUCAAUAGGUGGAGCAAAUUGGCAAAGAUGAAUGUGGCACGCUAUGAUUUUGCUUAUGCUGAAGUUGAUGGCAAGGUGUAUGCAGUAGGGGGCUAUGGAGAUGAUGGAGAGAACCUCUCAAGUACUGAGGUUUAUGAUCCCCACAAAAAUGAGUGGACAAUAAUAGAGAAUCUUCGUUGUCCAAGGUGGGGUUGUUUUGCCUGUGGGUUGGAGGGGAAGCUCUAUGUCAUGGGUGGUCGGUCAAGCUUCGCUAUUGGCAACUCAAGAGUUGUGGAUAUUUACGACCCUGAGCUCCACACUUGGUGUGAGGUGAAGAAUGGGUGUGCGAUGGUCACAGCACAUGCUGUGCUGGGUAAGAGACUCUUCUGCAUGGAGUGGAAGAACCAGCGUAAGCUAGUUAUAUUCAAUCCUGUUGACAACUCAUGGAAGAAGGUCCCAGUUCCACUGACAGGAAGCGCAAGUAUCGAGUUUCGGUUUGGGAUACUCGAUGGGAAACUCCUACUGUUCUCCUUGGAGGAGGAAACAGAUUAUCGAACACUAAUGUAUGAUCCGGAAGCAGCACAAGGCUCUGAGUGGCAGACCUCUGCAAUUAAGACAUCCGGUCUAUGUUUGUUCAGUGUCACAAUCAAGGCAUGAAGAGUACUGUUGCAUUCGAUCACACUUUUUUACUUGAUAUGAUCUUUAGAAUCUAUAAUGUACUUGCGCAGUCCGGUGUCUCUUUAUUAAGGAUCUCUUUGGUGUCAUUUCUAUUUGUAUUUAUGACCUGUAUAUUGAAAAUCAUUUGCAAGAAUAUGUAACAUGGUAUAAAUACCAGUUGUUUGUUCACUGCUACACAGAAUAUAUUAUAUAGAAUGAGAAAUGGGUUCACCGGUUUGGCA